AUGGGAAACACGAUCGGUAAAGAUAAGGGGGAAGAAACUGUGGACGGAGGGCAAUUAGUCCCGAAUGGUGUAUACAAAGUACCUCAAGAUUGGGACUAUAGGAGUGUCCGCAAAUUCAUUAUAGAACGCAAGCUGGCCCCUUUUUAUAAAGGGUUGUCAGACUAUGACGAAAGUUGGGACGAGGUUACAUUAACAACUCAUAAUCUUCCAAAAGCUGGUGAGGGUAAGAAAAAUGCCACAUUUAGUGGUGAAUGUCAAUCACAAGGAAGUAGAGAAAUAAAACGAGCAUCAUUAAACGCAACAGGAACAACUAAAGGCAAAGAAACAUCCCCAGUAAAACCGUUAGAAUCUCAAUUAUAUAAAGGUGCUGUUGAAUGUCCAAUCUGCUUUUUGCCGAUUUGUACCGAAUGUUUCGUUCAAAUAAAACGACCAGAAUCUGGUACUUUAGGAGCCAACAAUUCUUCUGCUGUAUGUCCUUAUUGUGUAGAACCAAAUUUUGGUGUCUACUACAAGCCUCCACCUUUUAGUGCUGGGAUUGGCAGUGAAAACAUG